CCACCACCAGUUGACUGCAACACGCUGCGGGCGACGGACGGAAAAACGCACCACCCGCAGAGAUCGAGCGAACGAGUGCGCGGCGGCAUCCAAGGUUUUCGCCUUCCCCCUUCCCCGGUCGACCAGUUGUUCCGUAGACACCGACCGGUGCGACCGCCGACGGAUACGAUGAAUGUCCCGCUCCUGGAUAGCACGUAGAAAACGCAAGUGCACCCGCGCGCGAGUGCCGACAUCGUCCCGACACAGCCAACGACGACUUCGCUGGAAGAGUGCCGCUAAUUGCCGCAACCCUUCGAAGCCCUACUCGUGAAACUGGAUAUAUAGCACACCGACUGGGAUCCCUCCACCGCCUCUUACAGGCGCGGGGGCCCGCGACAGCCCAGAAGCCGGCCGGAUGUGGCCGGCGGCGGGCGGCGUGCGAGGCGCAUGGCCAUCAGCAUGUUCUUGGACAGCAUCUACCUCAACUGGGUGCAGCGACGCUUCCAGAACGCCACGCCCGAGGCCCGCAGCCUGCUGCGCGCCGCGCGCGUCUCGCUGCCCAACGAGGCCGCGGACGCGCCCAGCGCCGGCGGGCCGCUCAACGCGUACCUGGCGCGAAACCCGGUGCUGCAGCUGCUGCAGAACAACCACUCGUGGCUCGCGCUGCUCAGCAACUCGACGGCCAUCGGCGCGGGCGCCGACAACUACGCGGUGCGCGUGAGCAACGCCAGCCGCGCGGGAUCCUACUACGACCACGGCCUGACCGCGCUCUACCCGUACCUGGCCGUCGCCAUGGCCGUGUCGCUCAUGUUCCUCGCGCUCAUCUGCGUCGCCUACUGCGUGCUGCCGGACCUGCGCAGCACGCACGGCAAGAACCUGCUCUCCCUGUCCGGCUGCUUCAUCGUGCUCUACGUGGGCCUCAUCGUGGACUUCACGCUGCGCGCGGUGCUGCCGCGGCGCAUGUGCCUGGCCGUGGCUGUGGUGCAGCACACCAGCUUCCUCGCGGUGUUCUUCUGGACGAACGUGAUGGCGUUCGACGUGUGGCAGGCCAUUGUGACGUUGCGGCCGCUGGCCAAUCCGCGCCUUCGCGAGGACCACUACUGGCAGUACGCGGUGUACGCGUGGACUGCGACGGCGGCCGUGUCGGCGCCCGCAUUCGUGCUGCACUUCACCGAACUGGUGCCGGAGGAGUACCGGCCUCGGUUCGGCGAGGUGCGCUGCUGGCUCAGCGGCCAGCUCGCCUACGCACUCUACUUCAAUCUGCCCGUGGGCAUCAUACUGCUCUGCAACGUGGUCAUCUUCGGACUCACCGCCUGGGCCCUGUACCGCGCAAAGACACUGCAGAGGGUCACCCUGCAGGCCAAGCAGCAUAAGAAGAUGUUCUACCUGUAUGUCAAGCUCUCGGUUGUCAUGGGCAUCAUCUGGGUGUUUGAGUUCAUCCCAUGGAUCACGGGCUACUACAGACUGUACGGACUUGCCGGCAUGCUGAACUCCUUGCAUGGCAUCUACCUGUUUUUCAUUUUUGUUUUCAAGCGCAAGACGCUUGCGCAGCUGCGCCAACGCCUCAGCUGCUGCGGCAAAAGAACAGUAAAACCCACCCUGUCCAAGAAAUACUCUUCCAGCACGCUCACGUCCAUCUCCAAUUGCGCACUCAGCUCGGGGCCUUAGUGCGACACCUCGUGGCUUGCACCAAAGACGUGGCCUCGUGGUGCAAAAUUGUGCUUCUUUUUUUUCUUCUCCCUGCCUUGAGAACUUCGGAAUGUGUGAUAAGUGCAUCAAGAACAUGUGUGUGCGUUGACAUGAUGCCAAGAACUUUCACGAAGCAAGUUACGGGGAAAUGUGUGCUUUGAAUAACAGUGAGCCAAGUGCACUGCUCACAAACCUCUGUGACAUGCCAUUGAACUGCCACAAAACUGUGGAAAUAUUUAUAAAACAUUUUGUUCAUCAAGCUACAGCUUUUUACAUCGCUUGUGCAAGAAAACCUUGUGAGUGUGCAUUUGUGUACGUUAGUGUUGCUAUGUUGAAUGAAGGCCUUAGGAUUUUUCUAAAUUAAUGCACAUACUUUGUGUAUUAUCGAUGAAAAAGUGUUGUCUGUUUAUUCUACGAGAAUAUUUCGCACAUGGACUAAGGAAUGCUUUCACAACAUGAGCUAGCACUGCCGAUAAUGAGGUCACCAUGUCCACUGUACCUGAAUUGCCAAAAUCCCCAAUAAAGCUUGAAGGUAUAAAUUGUGCUGAAUGAAA